UCCCACGAAGAACGCACACACGCGCGCGCAUUUACAGGCCGGCCUGCCAGGGUCUCUCUGUCUCUCUCCCCCACCACCACCAACUAACCAACCCCCCCCCCAUUCGUCUUCCUUCUGGCGCGUGUGCGUUUUUCGUGGCGGCACGGCGCUGGGAAUGUUUGGUGGGGCUCCACGUCAAAAUUGAAACGUCCAAGGCUUGCGGACACGGCUGAGCGUACCUACGGGGGGCCGAGCGACGACGAUGGAAGCACCCGAGUGGACCUUGCCCGACGCGGACAGCGUGAUGCCUGUGCUGGCCGAUUCCACCUUCUUCUUCCACCAGCGCGGGGUUCCCCGGGUCCCCGGUCAGGUGUACCGGGUCCCCGCACGGGCGCAGGGGGUCCCUGCCAGCCCCCGGGGUGCGCCAGCCAACAGCCAGGGUCCGGGCCUCAGAGCCCCUGGGCAGCAGCGGAGACCCGGGCAGCCGGGGGGCAGCCCCAGGGAGGAGGGGAGCCACGGCGGCCCGCGGGAGUCCCCCACGGAGGAGCGGCCGGGGGCCGAGGAGCGAUUCGGCUUCUUCUCCCUGCAGGACGCGCAAGCCAAGAGACCCCUCGGCGAUGGCUGGAGGGGCCCGUCGCCGGAACGCGUGCGGCUCCUGCUGCUCGAGCUGGGCCUGGUGCUGGACUCGGUGACGCGCGCUGGCCUCAACCUCCCCCAGGGUUUGCGCAACAUCGUCCAGUGCAGCUGGCCGGAGCUCUCCGCGCUGGCCGCUCCGUCAGCCGGGGCCGUCGGCGGCACGGACGGCGACGGUAGUGACGGCGGCGGCGGCGGAACACCGGAACCCACCAAGCUCCCCGACGGACGAGCGGAGAAAGCGGCGCCAAGGGACCGGGAGGCGAAGGCGGCGGCGGCGGCGGCCGAGACGGGGAACAGGCACCGGCCGGGGGUGGUGGCGCCGGGGCCACCACGAGGUGACAGGGCCAGGGCCAAGAAGGCGGAGGCAUCCAACCCGAGCCCCCGCAGCGACGCAGGCGAGUUCCGCUGCUCGCUACCGUCGCUCGUUACCGUCGCUCGUUAACGCCCGUCAAGAGGCAGGAGCGACCUCAAGGACACACGGCUCUCGUCUUACCGCCCAGAUUUUCGCGGCCUCUGUUGCGAUUCGUGAUAUAUUUUUUGAGUUUUUAAGCCGUUAAGUCACCGCCCGUAACGAUCUGGCCGAUAUGAACGAUCCGGCGGAAUGAACUUGGUCACGCGGUGUGCAGCAUUUUAACGACGCGCCAAAUGUGAGUACGUUAAACUUUUUUUUUACGUAGCCAACUGCGCUAAUUGGAGGUGUGGGGGAAGGACAACAAACUAAACAUUCAAAAGGUCCCGGAAUGAUCUGGCCACUUGGCUGUCUCAGGACCCUGCGGAAUCUGACACAGCCGAACGAUUAAAUCGUCACGUGAACAAGAUCCAGGAAGUCAAAAUAACGCCUGAGAUGUCCCGAAAAUGGCUUCAUGCCGUUGCUUCAGCUCACGCACCGCUGAGCUGAAGAACAAUCCUCGAAACCACAGGUAGGGGAUCCGAGAUCCGGCGUUUCGCUUGAAACCACGUCGAGCCAUCUUCAGGACAUCUAGAGCGCUAUCACGACUUACUGGAUUCGUGACGAUAUAAUUGUUUGGCUGCGUCAGACGGUGGAGGGUCUCAUGAAAGUGAAGCGGCCAGAUAAU